UUACACACACUUUGGGUCCGGGUCACCCACAUUCUUACUUUCGCUUAUGCCUAACAUUCACACCUAUAUUCUUGUAUAUACUUCAUUUCACUUCGAUGGCGGAAUACAUCUUACCGCAUAGACUAGGAGCCACUGGCUUUCACCAUGGAAUCAAACAAAUUUUGGUACCACUAUUGGUCACGUGCAUAUCCUUGCUUCCCAUAUUACAUCCACAACGGAAUCUUCAUUCUGCGGUUCACAGACUUUCAGCAGAGCUUUUGCCUGGUCCCAGGAUCCGCCCGUUUGAAGACGUCGAGCCACAACGCCUGAUUGUAGAAGUGAUCAGAAAUACGACGGGUGCGCUUGUAAUCCUAUCAAAUGACGGAAACGUCAAAAAAAAAAUGAGAUACAGGUAGUCAAACGACUCUCACAACCAAGUGCGUUUGUCCAGCUUUCUCGGGAAAACAUAUCAAGCCA